AUGCAACCAUUAAGCUCGAUAGGAGAAUUACUCAAUUUAUGUAGUUCAACUACUGAUGAAUUAGGACAAUUUAGUAAAUUGUAUGCAGAUUUGAUUUUAACAAGCAAUUUAGAAAGUUUUUCUGAUAAAGAAUUAUUUCAACUAAGCGAUUUGCUUAUCAGUAUAUUGAUAAAACUAAAAGAGAGAGGAUUACUUGAAAAUUACGUAAGGAGUUGCUUUUGCCAUAAUCAAAAUAUUUUUUCUUCCUUAUUUAUUUUGUCAGAAUUUGCUUUAAUUGAUUGAAGUUUGCCUAUAAGUAUAUUUCCAGUCCAGAAUUUAGUUGAAUUUUUAAUUUCAAGUGAUAUGAAACUCUGCAAACAAUCUUUAAAACUAUUAAUAAAUUUAGCAUCUCAUAAAGAACCUCGAUUUCAAAUAUCAGCUAUUUUAGCCAAUUUAAAUGAAGAAAUAUUAAAAUCUCUUAAUCCUGACAUAGAACCUUUGUUGAUUCUGCUUCUUGCAAAGCUUUCAACCACAUCAAUUUUGAACAGGACUUCAAGUUUAAUAGAUUUUGCAAACAUAUCAAAAUACCUUCUAGAUGGAAACCAAAAUAGAAAAAUUAUUUUAGAGUCACUCUGCUAUUUGACAUUUCACUUUGAAUUUAAAAUUAAGUGCCUUAGUUAUAUUGAUUUAAUUCUAGAAACAAAGAAAUUUUCUUAUUUGCCAACAAUUAUGAAAAAUUUAGUUAUAAGCAAAGAAGAUGAAUGAAUUUUCCAUGAUAAAAGAAAAGAAAUUACACAUGAAGAGACUAAGCUAAUCCACAAUACCUUGAAAAAUUUUGUUUUAUUGAAUGAUGAUUAUGAUUCUGGGCCUAAAGAUGAAAUCUUAAGGAUAAGAAGUUUAUUAAACUCAAAAAAUUCUCAGGCAGCUUUAUUAGGGCUGUUUAUAACAGCAAAUAAAAAAAAUAUUUCAAACUUUUCUAAAAUUGACCUUAUUUAUUUUUUAUUUGUCAUGAGUGAAAAUAGAGAAAUGAGGAUUCCUAUAUUACAAUAUGGAGGUAUUAAUUUUCUAAUAAAAGGCAGCGCUUUAAAGCCUGUAAUUGCUGGGCACACUAUAGCUAGGCUUUUGAUCUUUACAAAUCCAUCAAGCCUUAAUUACGAAGUAUUGAUUGAUUCUAUUCCUUUGCUCCUUAAGUCUCUUGAAAAUGCAUGGCAUCAACUCACUGAAUUUGAAGUUUUAUUAGCUCUUACGAAUUUAGCAAGUUUUAAUGAAAAUAUUAGGGAGGCUUUAUUGAGUCAUGGAGGUUGAGAAAUUGCUUUUAAUAUGAUUAAUAGCGAAAACGUUAUGAUUCAAAGAAGCUCUUGUGAAUUGAUUUCAAAUCUAGUCAUGAGUGAAAAGGUUAUUAAUGAUUUAUUAGCAAGAAAGAAAAAUAAGAAUAUUGAAGCAUUAGUUUUAUUAUUAGAUUCAGGUGAUAUACAAAUUAUUUCAGCAAUUUUAGGAACUUUAGCAAAUAUAUCAAGAUUCGAUGGGCUGCAUUAUAUUUUUAAAGAAAAUUUGACACAGACACUUGAGAAAUUCCUAGAGAAUAUUACAGAUAUCCCAGUUAUCGCAAGAAUUUUGUCGAUUAUUUCUCAUGUUCCUUCAAUUUAUAACACAAAACUAGAAAACCAUAUAAGAAGCAUAACAGAACCAUCACUCCAAAAGUAUACUGAAUUUAUACCUCAUUUAAAUGAAAUAAGAAACCAAUAAUUAGACAAGAAAAAUAAAAUUACCAUCCUACAUUCUUGCUUAAUUCAUCCAAAAAAUAUAUUAUAAACAUUCAUAAAACUUAUUAA